GAAUUGAUUGGUCAUGUCUGGUGCAGUGCUUGGCUUUGCCCUCUGCUUGCACAGUCUUCUCUAGUUAGUAGAAUCAGCAAACUUCCCUUAAGCUUUCCCAACGGCGGAAGAGGGAUUUUUUUUGGAGUCGCCCUAGAUUUCACCGAAGCUAAACUUAGGCAACAGGAGUUCAUAUCCUUUUCACUCACCCUUCCCUUUGUUUAGUCUUGUGUUGUCGAGCUUCAAAACAUUCAAAAGUGCAACGUGUGUGUAUGCAGGUUUAGGGCCCUUCACACAUCAUUUAUACAGCAGAGAGGUACAGUACAUUCUCAGCAUGUUUACUCAGCAGUAGGACCCACUCUGUUCAAUGGCCUUUGGUCCUAAAUAAAUUGAUUUAAGGUUACAGGCUUACAGUGCAAUCCUCUGCAUGUCUACUCUCAGGUGUUGUCGACACAUUGUUUUUAAGCAUCUAAAACUGUGGAAUUUUCUCAGAGAUAGAAACUUUUGCUUUGUACAAUCUCUUCACUCGGCUGCUGCCCCGGUGCAAUCAGCUGAUAGGAGUUGGUUUAAGUGGGCAAAAAACGACAAGACUUCUGUGCACGGCUACCAAACUGGUCAAAAGGGCAGUGGGGAAAUAGGACUAAGUGUUUACAAGGCCAAGAAUAUGGGAGAAAAAGAGCUACCGGGUAUUUUGGUCUUUGACAUAGGAGGUGCAUUUGGUGUCCCGGAAAGCCAUGUGGAGUUCCUCAAGAAACACUUUAAUGUCAUCACCAUAAAGGAGUUUCACAACAGCAAAGUUCUGCAUGAAAAGAUCAAGUCCAUUUUUGUAUUUGAGCGCAGGCCUCUCAUUGAUAAGGAGCUUCUUGAAAUGCUGCCCAACCUAAAGGUGAUUGGAAACUCUGGAGUAGGAGUGAAUCAUUUGGAUCUGAAACUGAUUUCUAGCUUUGGAGUAAAAGUAACCAACACUCCACAUGCUGUUUCAGACUCCACAGCAGACAUUGGUAUGGCCUUAAUGUUGGCAUCUGCCCGAAGACUAGUAGAAGGUUGUUGUAUUGCAACAUCUCCAGAUACUACACAUUUUGCUGUUGACUGGCUAGGAGUGGAAGUCACACGAGCCACCCUUGGUAUCAUUGGGAUGGGCAGCAUUGGCUAUAAAGUGGCCAAGAGAGCGAAAGCAUUUGACAUGAACAUUCUCUAUCAUAACAGGAAUCGUAGAAAAGAGGAAGAAGAGCAAACAGUUUGUGCCAUUUAUUGUAAAAACAUGGAAGACUUGCUGCGGCAGUCUGACUUUGUGAUGCUGGUUGUGAAUCUGACACCUGAGACUCACAGACUCAUUGGGAAAAGGGAGCUAGCGAUGAUGAAACCCACUGCUACUCUUAUCAACAUCUGCAGAGGUGCAGUAGUUGAUCAAGAUGCCUUAGUAGAUGCACUCCAAAACAGAGUUAUUAGGGCUGCAGCUUUGGAUGUGACAGAGCCUGAACCACUACCCAGAGACCACUCACUACUGCAAUUGAAGAAUGUCAUUAUAACUCCUCACAUUGGAACUGCUACUGUGCAAGCCCUGCGUAUGAUGACUGAAGAAGCAGUAGAAAACAUACUGGCUGUUCUCAGUGAUCUCCCUGCACCUAGUGAAGUGAACCCCCAAUGAUCAGAUGGUGAAUAUGCAUAACCAAUGGCCAGUCAGCAAAAGGAGAUUAACCUCUAAGAAGCAAUGCAAUAAAACUAUGUCAAAACAACCCAUUUCUAUCAUCGUUUUUGUAUAUUCACUUCUAUAUUUUCUGGACUUACAUUAUUACUUAAAUAAUACCAUUGGCUUCAAGACUUCCCAGCACCUUGGCCUAGUUUUGGGUUCGUUCAGCCUUUCAUCUUUUAAAAAAACGUGUUUUAUUGGUGGUUUAAAUUAACAGUACAUUAAGUGUGCAAUCCUAUCAACUCAGUGCUAGAUGCACAUACACCUCUGAACUCAGGGGCUCUUAUGCAUGCAAUGGCAGGAGUCAGGUGUGGCGUCUCUGUUGAAGUUGCGUAUUUCUGUAUCUCCUUUGUGUGUUGGUUAACUUCUGCAUUAGGGUUAUCAGCUAUAAUCUGAGUUUCAUUGUUCAAUAGCUGGACUGAAAGCUCUGCUAGCUCCUUGUGAAUUUCAUGCUAGCUGCUACCCAGCACAAUCCUCAAAUAGCCUUCUUUUCAUUUGUAGUUGCUGUUACUGUUGUAAUUGAAUGGAAAUAAGCCCUCCGUCAAGGAGAUACAAAUCAUUUGAUCUGUGAUUAAAGCAUCCUCCUCAAACACCUUUUUCCAAAACUAGUUUCCUGGCGUCAUGUAUGAAAGGCUGUGUCUAUUUCAUCAUGCCUCCCGCAGCACUUGGUAAAAUAUUUUUGUAAAUGUAACAGUCUUCCCAACAAUGAGAGACUCUGAUGUACCCUUGAAGAACCUUAAUAAUAAAUCUUUCAGAGAUGAAUUUCAUUGGA